CAUGCUUCCCAACACGACAGGAAUUUGAUAUCGUAAAGGUGGUUUAAUACAUAGUUUGUAUUUACGUUGACUUCACCAAGGUAGCAAGAUGUUUGUGGUGUUUGGAUUCAUUGUGUUUUGCAUUGGAAUGCUGGCACGCUAUUUCUUCUCUACCGACCGAGAUGUUAAUAAUCCCCCAGGUCCAAAAGGUUUUCCGAUUCUGCGAAACUUGAUCGAUUUGGUGAUGGCAUCGGACAACAUUACGAAAACUUUGGGCGUACUGGGGGAAAAGCAUGGAGAAAUUUUUUCGUUGAAGAUGGGAACGAAAACGAGAGUCGUUCUUACUUCAAAAGAAGCGAUGCAAACCGUGCUCACCAACGAGGCCACUUUUGCACGUGCCACGACUGGAAUGUUUUCUGAUUGGAGUUUCCAUAAAAAUCUGGGAAUCGCAACGUCACAUGGAAGCAUUUGGAAUAAAACGAGAAAUUGGACGUUUAAAACGUUACGUGAAUUCGGAUUUGGGAAACCUUCAGCUAUGGAGCAUUAUAUCCAGGUCAUGUUGGACUUAUUAUUUGCCAAAAUUGACGAUAACCUCGGCACUGAGGUUAAUAUCGAUUAUCUUUUUCAUCAGCCAAUUCUAACCAUCAUGUGGCAAAUGGUGGUUGGGCGGUUAACUGAGGACGAUAAGGCACAAGUUAAGCUAAUAUCGGAGAAGGCGGAACGCUUCGUGAAGAGCGGCGUUGUUGGGAUGAGCAUUGCCAAUGCGUUUCCAUUUUUGAGGUACGUCUUCCCCACGUGGUUAGGCCGGACGGCACAGGUCUACUUUUUCCAGGCGUGUAAAACAAUUGGAAAGAAACUUUAUCACGAGAGCCAAGAAAAAUUGAGAGCGUCUCCGCCCACAACUUUCCAACCUAACAAUUUGGUUGAAGCGUUCGUCCAAAACUGUGGAAAUGAUGAAGAAAUAUUCAACUGCGAGAACUUUCAAGUUACUUUUCAAGAUCUCCUCGUGGCGAGCUCGGACACAUCGAACUCAUUCCUUGAAGCUGCGGUUCUUUAUUUGAUCGCAUUUCCGACCGUGCAAGAGAAAAUUUACCAAGAAAUUUUGGAUAUUGCAGUGGACGGAAGAGUUAUAAAUUUUGAGGAUAGAAAACGUAUGCCGUACAUCCAAGCGUUCAUCCUUGAGACACAUCGAAAUGCGAGAACUGCACAAAAUUUUGUGCCACGCCGAGUCCUUUGGGAUUUUUGGUAUAAGACCUACAAAAUUAAAAAGGACAGCAUUAUCAUGGUCGAUACGCGACUUUAUUUUGAAGAUAAGACAAUUUGGGGAGACCCUGAGAUGUUUCGAGCGGAGCGAUUUAUUGGUGAACAUGGCGAACUAGAAAACGCGUCGAAGGUUAUUGCAUUUUCGUUUGGUAAAAGAAACUGUCCCGGUGAGCUGCACGUGACGAUGCUUGCAUUUCUGGUACUGACCGCGGUACUGCAGCGGUACAAAAUAUCCAACCCGGUUGGACAACCCACGCCGAGAUUGGACAUGAAACCGGGCCUCGCCUUGAAGCCAUAUCCAUUUCACGUGGUGUUCGAAAAGCGAUGAUACGUUUGAAAUUUGGGAAUGCUUUGAUUUUCAAGGUACAAUUUCAGAAUAAAAAAGUUGCUUAAUUUCAGAAAAUUUUUCAAUGAAUUAGUUUAAUGAAUGGGUUUCAAAAUUUUGAGAAAUUUUCAGCAGUCAGCACCUUCUGAGUACAUCAGUAUAAAAUUUGUAUUUUAUGAACACCUGAAUAACUUACAAUCGUAAUUUUAAUUAUAUUUAACAUACAUAAUUAUUUGUUUUAAUGAUUUUCAAAAAAUAGAUAAUUUUUUUUGACAUUUUUAUCUUAUUUCUAUUGUUAAACAUAAGCCUUUGAGGUUUAUGUUUAUUACAAUUUACCAUGCUGGUUUGAUAAUAUCAAACUAGCAUGGUAAAUUGGUCCAACAAUUUACCUAAUUGGUAUAUCUCUCAAUCAAUUAAUGUAUUAAAAAAUGUAAUCUUUGUA